CACCGCCGAGUGAAAUUGUUGCAGGGCUUUCUUUCUACAUUGACAGUGAAAAUGGCAGCAUAUGUAAGCAUGGGAGAAGCUCACCGGCGAAUCACCGAGUACCUAACACGAUUCUCCGACGCCGUUUCGUAUCAGGAUGGCCAAUCCCUCAGCCGUCUCCUCUCCGUCUCCUCCAACUCCCCCGCUCUCCUCUCCCUCGCCGACGCCCUCAACACCUACCAGGAUGCUAACAGAAUCAUUAGGCAAUCUGAGAAAUAUUCGCAGUAUACAGACAUUCUAGUUCCUAUAUUCCGUGCCUUGCAGAGUUAUCGGCUGAGAAAUCUGGUUGAGGCUUACGUGGCAUUUGAAAAAGUAUCCAAUGCUUUUAUUCAGGAAUUUCGAAAUUGGGAAUCAGCAUGGGCGUUGGAAGCACUGUAUGUGAUCGCAUAUGAAGUUAGGAUUCUUGCAGAGAGGGCUGAUAUAGAGUUGGCUUCAAUAGGGAAAACCCCGGAAAAAUUGAAAGGUGCUGGUUCUUUCCUCAUGAAAGUUUUUGGUGUUCUUGCUGGGAAAGGAGCAAAACGCGUCGGUGCUUUAUACGUGACAUGCCAACUAUUUAAAAUUUAUUUCAAGCUGGGGACUGUGCACUUAUGUCGCAGUGUGAUAAGGAGUAUCGAAACCGCUAAAUUUUUUGACUUUGAGGAGUUCCCGGACAGGGAUAAGGUCACAUACAUGUAUUACACUGGUCGUCUCGAGGUGUACAAUGAAAACUUUCCAGCUGCCGACCACAAAUUAUCAUACGCGUUGGCGCAUUGCAAUGCAAGUAAAGAAGCAAAUAUAAGGAUGAUACUAAAAUAUCUGAUACCUGUGAAGCUCUCCAUCGGCAUCCUACCUAGAACAACGCUUCUUGAGAAGUUUAACUUAACUGAGUAUAGUGAUGUUGUGCUUGCUCUUCGAAGAGGUGAUCUUCGACUUUUAAGACAUGCCCUUCAAGAACACGAGGACAGGUUCUUAAGGUCUGGUGUAUACCUUGUUCUGGAGAAGUUAGAGCUCCAAGUUUACCAACGAUUAGUUAAGAAAAUCUAUAUCAUUCAAAAGCAGAAGGAUCCAAAUAAAGCGCACCAGAUUAAGUUAGACGUUAUUGUUAAAGCACUGAAAUGGCUUGAGAUGGACAUGGAUGUCGAUGAGGUGGAAUGCAUAAUGGCCAUUCUUAUAUACAAGAACCUCGUGAAAGGUUAUUUUGCCCACAAGAGCAAAGUGGCGGUUUUAAGCAAACAAGACCCUUUCCCUAAAUUAAACGGCAAACCGGUCAACUCAUAGGGUAUUACUCUCUCUCUCAUUCAGAAACUCUGUUGUACACUUGUACUAACAUAUUUCUUUCUUAGACGGCUCAAUGUAAAUCAACGGUGUAGUAACAACAAACUAUAGAAAGGUCAAUUGUGGUUUAUUCCAUUGUUCCUGUCCCCUAUUUUGAACUUUCCGACGUUCAAAAGUUUAUACUUUUCAUAUGUUGUGAUAAUAAAUAACUAUCCUCGUCUGAAUUAUUUGAUA